CUAAACCCACCACAGUACAAUCAGUCUGUAUAUGCAGUAAAGCAUGCUUGUUAUACUCACUGUGGAGCCUAAGGGGUUAAUCCUCUGUAUUAUGUAAAAAGGCUGUUUGAUCCUGUCUUCUCUGAUCCCCUUCUUCUAAUGUCCCCAAUCCAUUGCCUGAUAGAACAGAGCCCUGGGGGCAAGCUGCACAUGCUCAGUGUAGUGUAUAUUGCUAGAGAGGUUUUUGAGGGGGGGGUUCUCUUGGAGGACAAAGAGCCAAUCAGCACUGUCUAGACAGAUGGUCAGGUGUUAUGCAGCC